GUUUGCAAAUUGCAAUUGCCCUCGAAACAAGUCUCAUCUCACGGCUUCUGCACUCUCGACCUCCCCUCCUUUGGCUUCCGUCCAUAUAAUCCCCAACCGCAUCUCUCUCUCUCUCUCUCUCUCUCUCUCUCUCUCUCUCACUGUAGCUCUGAACAAUCCUCACAUCGCGAUCAUCAUACUCUUAAUCCCAAUUUUUGAUGGAUUUUGAGGUUGAUGAUGAUGAUGUCAAUGGUGAGGUACUACUAAACUCCACAGAGCUUGAGAUAGAAAGCCGAAAAGGCGAUGAAGAUGACAAUGACAAUGACAAUGACAUGGUAGGAUGUUCCCUUGAAGGUGUAUUAUUUCACAACAACCAUGACAUAAAAAUCGAUCAAGAUGAGCCCGAAAGAGGCAUAAUCCCACUAGAUGGGUCCCACAAUGUUAACAUUGAAGAACCAUAUAUUGGUCAAGAGUUUGAAUCUGAAGCAUCUGCACAUGCAUUCUACAAUGCAUAUGCAACAAAAGUUGGAUUUGUUAUCCGUGUAAGCAAGCUUUCAAGAUCAAGGCGUGAUGGAACAGCUAUAGGAAGAGCUCUUGUUUGUAACAAAGAAGGGUUUCGGAUGCCAGAUAAGCGUGAAAAAAUAGUAAGACAAAGGGUGGAAACAAGAGUUGGUUGUAGAGCAAUGGUUUUAGUUAGGAAAGUAAGCUCUGGAAAAUGGGUGAUUACAAAAUUCGUAAAAGAGCAUACUCAUCCAUUAACACCUGGAAAAGGGAGAAGGGAUUUGAUUUAUGACCAAUAUCCGAAUGAGCAUGAUAAGAUCAGGGAACUAUCACAACAGCUAGCAAUUGAGAAAAGAAGAUCAGCAACCUACAAAAGACAUUUGGAAAUGGUUUUUGAGCACAUUGAGGAACACAAUCAGUCAUUGUCAAAAAAGAUUCAAGAGAUUGUAAACAACGUGAGUGCAAUGGAGUCGAAAGAGAUUGAAACUCAUAGAUAGAUAAUAAGUUUGAAACUUCUUGUCUUUUUUGAUUGAGAAUAAGUCAAAUUUUUCAUCAUAUACAGGAAUGUUUAGAUGGUGUUGCUUCUUGAUUUGCAACUUACUCAUUUUAGAAAAUGUUUUUUUUUUUUUUUUUUUUUUUUUUUUUUACUUUCAUCUUUUGAAAGACUUGUGUACAAGUUGAAACCUUAUAUGGUAGUUAAAGGGGGUAAAUGCAAGAAAUAGCAACGUGUUUUUACUUUUGUUUGCUCUCGUAUUAAAUACUAUAUUUCUUAAUAUGUAUAAAA